CAGAACUCCCUCAAUUCUGAAACAGAGCUUUCCCAAUACUUCUUACAAGAUGGGGCGAGCCAAUUGUCACUCUCGGAGACUACCGUGACUGGAUCCAGUGAUGAAGAGCAGUUUCGGCCCAAGAGUCGGAGUAGUUCCCUAGAAGAGAGUCUUCUUUCUUCUGGCAUUCCAGCUACCAAAGAAUCCAGCCUGUGCAGUUCCCCGGCUACCGGCAAUAGCUCGCCGGGUCCUCUCAGCAAGCCAAGAGAGACAGCUGCUCGGCACGUUAGUUUCAGCGACAGCCCCAAAGGGGCCCAGUCUGCUUUCCAACGGCAGAGAAGGAUUGCUUUUUACGACGGAGAUGUGAGCGAUGAGGAUGACUUUGCCAAACAAGAUGGAGACUCAUUCCAAAGAGGGUCGAGGUCGAAAGGUCAAAGGAAAGGAGACCAUGACUGGAAUGUUUCCCCUGCGGUUCCUUCGGUGCAAAAUGGAGAUCCCAGCCAGGAGAAAGAAUCUGUGACAAAUACCUGCAGUGACUUAGCUGCUACCAGCUCUAGGAAUCUGACAGAGAGCAUUGGGGAGCAUCCAGCAGACAUCCCUUUUCUUCCAGCUAAAGAGCUUCAUCAUCUUCCGGAGCUUCAUCCCGGCUACUUGAACGUGAAGGACUUUCGAGAGGAACCGCUAGAAACGAAGAGGUCUCCUAAACUGGAACAUAAAGCAGUCACCCGAGUGAAAAGCCUGAUGAGUAUUGAAUACCACGGAGUCCCAAGGCCCAAGAACGAGGAGCAUGGUGCCUGCAGCAGAGCCGGUGGGAAGAUCCUCCCAUCCAUCCAGAAGAAUGAAGCUCAGGAGAUUCCCCUGGAGUACAGCCCUGUGGAAUCCAUUACUUUAUGCCGGGAUGAAAACGAGUCCUUUGGCCUGGACCUCGAAAUUCAUGCCAACCCUUUGCGCAUCGUCAUAACAGGCUUGCAACCAGGUGGAGCAGCUGAUAGGGCAUCCAUGGGAAGACUGGCUCCAAGAGAUGAGAUCCUUUCCAUCAAUGCUAUCCCCAUCUAUGGAUUCUCUUAUGAAGAAGCUUGUCAAUAUGUAAGCAGUCUUCCCACAUCCAUUACCCUGGACAUCCAGAAAGCCGUUUUGCAGGCCGACGAGGCAGUUCCGAAAGAAUCAAGCAAUGUUGUUAUGAUCAAAGAAGAAGACAGCUUUGCAUAUGAGAAAGAAUCUUUGGAAUCUCCUCUGGGUUGUAUGGCAGAAAGGAGAGGAUUGGCGUCUGAUGCUAAUGCUAAUACAGCAGAUCUUGCAGAAAUUCACUCUAUUCAGGACCCUUCUGUGGUGCUAUUAGGAGAGAUGGAUGACUUCUCUGGCCAAAGGAAUUUCCCAGAAGAAAAAGAUGGUGACUGUUUAUUAAUCAAGGACAGACCCACCAAGGAAAAUAGUUUUGAGAUGGCAGAAGAAGCUCCAAUUAAAAAUGAUCUUGUAGAAAGAGCUGUGAGUUCUGUUACCAAUACACAAGAGACCUUCGGCUUUUCUGUCCUGGAUUCCAUUAAUGCAAGGAAAAUUUUAACUGUAAACCAAAGCUGUCUCAGUACCUAUUCAAGGAAUUUUAGCAGCCUUAGUGAUGACCAUUUGCCCGAAAUGGAAACUAAGAGCAACACUAUUCCAAAAUCUAUGUACGCUGCUGCAGAAGAUUCCAGCUCAGACACAGAAUCCUUAGCCGAGAAUCCCGGAGACAGUUCAUCACUCUUACUAUCUAUUUGUGAUAAUCCCUUGGCAACUCAUAAACUGGUUGAAUCAGAUGAAGAGCAAAUAGAAAUCUGCAGUCUGAAUUAUGACCAACAUUGUGUUCAAAAACAGUCUCCCAUACAAACAUCCCAUCGUCCACCAAUUUACCAUUCUUUGAACAACGGUUUGCAGGCAGAAAGCAAAGUAGAAAUAGAUUCACUGGAAACAUCGAAUGGAAAAUUAAAAUUAGAAAAAUCGCACGUAUCGAAAAACUCCAGUUUAGAACAUACGGUUCCAUCAACUGCUUUUCAAAGUUCUCCAGAUGUUUCUUCACAAGCGGUAGAUGGUUUGGCUCAAGACGGGCCGGUCUGCUCUUCCAUUGAGAAUGGCUGUUCAAGGGGCGAAGGAGGAAAUUGCCUGCAGAAGCAAGGAAAUCUAAUGGAAACAUGUAAACAUUCUGUGCCGGAAAUACAUUCCUGUCUGACAGAAAAUAUCCAUAGCUGGGAUGGCAACAUGCUGGGCCAAGAUGAACUGUGGAAAACCCAACAGUUGCAGGUAGAAAAUGAUUUUGCGAUGGAUUGUGGAAGUAACGCAAUUGGUAGUCCUCCUGCUAUGAUGGGGAAAGGAACCAGUGAUUCAUCCCAAUUAAGAAGGACAGACAGCUAUUCUAUGAAGAGCACAAUACAAAAAAUAGUAAACAGUCCUAAAUCUCCCCUUUUGUCCAAACCAAAACAAUUGGGCAGGGUCUCUUCUGCUCACAAUUUACUAGGAAAAAAUGAAAAAGCAAACACUAUUAUCUCGAAACCCUUAAAUGCCAAAACACUGAAUUCCGGUCCAUGCAAGGGUUUUAGUGUUACAUACAGUCCCUCUUCUUCCCCUAAAUUACAACAUGAAGCUAAAGGCGGGCCACCAAAGAGUACGGUGGAAACUCUUUCAAAUAACCAACAAAACAAAGCAGGGCAUAAAGGAAAGCCCCUCAAUAUUAAGAACAAAGCCAGGGCUCAUUCUGACGCUCUUGGCCCUGCUGCUGCCAAAGCUGAGGGCACGGAUCAAAAAAAGAUCACCCUCCCUGCCCAAGGUUCACCCAGGCUCCUUUCAAAGAAAGGUUCCUCACUCCAUAACUUAGCCACACACCUGGAACCCCCCAGCAGGAGCCUCUCUAUGGGUUCUAAGAUAUUUCAGCAGCAGGAGGAAGUUCAGCCUGCUUUGCUGGAGCCCCAGACAUCCGCUCUGCCCGUGUUGAACGGUGGGAGCAGCGUUAUGAAAAAUAAAGAUAAAUCCACCGUCAAACCAAAAUUGGGCAGGGCCGGAAUAUCAGGAUCUCCUAAAAUGGAAAAAGAAGCACAGGUCAACAAGUGGGAAGUCACGAACAGCGAAAAAAGGGGAAGGGCUGGCAUAGAACCAAGAAACAGCCCUCCUAAGUCAAAUACGCCUUCUUCUGAAGCCGCCCCCAAGGCUUGUUGUCCGAACGACAGAACCGAAAACAAGGGGAUGAGUUUGAACUAUGAUGGAUUGGAAAUGAAGCCAUUAAAACCUGAUAAUGCUGGGCUUUUAAAAAAAGAGUCCUCCUGCCUUAUUUAUCCCCCUGCUCGGCAAGAGCAGACCAGCCAGGAAAUUCAGCGCACUUUCAUUGAAGUAAGGUUAUCUUCUUCCUCCUUCGUUCCUGACUUGCCCCUAGAGAAGAAAGAAGAGGACAAUAAGGCCCAUCAAUUCAGAAACAAGGCGCUGGAUUGCCGGCAGAGCACUUUCCAUAAGGAAGAUGCCCCCAGCGCAUUGAAACCUGUGACAAGGACCUAUUCAGUGCCAGCACAAUUAUCCAAUCAUUUAAGGGAAAACAGCAAUGAUGAUAGGGAUGAACCAGCCCAUCAUGUCCAGGAUAUCUUAGGUAAUCUUUCGAGUGCAAACCCUUCCAAUGCAGAGUUGGCCAUGUUGAAAGUUGUCCAGCUAAGUCUCAACAAUCAGGAUGCGAAAGCCACCUCGGCUGGUGUCCUGAAAUCCAGCAGUGACAAUGGCAGCCCCGUUGCCCAAAAACUGAAAAAGGGCAGGAGGAACUAUUACUACUACGAACUCAAUUGGCCACACGAUCCCGUUUCUUCUUUUUCUGUAAAGCAGCGAAUCAAAUCAUUUGAGAACCUGGCUAAUUUCGAUAGGCCGAUGGUCAAAGCCAUCGACCUCCAUUCCACCACCCUGAACUCUAAACUGCCCAUUGGCCGAAGAUUGUCCAGUGGCAUUUCUGCAGUUUCAGCUACCAGCGUGAAUGAUGCGGUCCAGGCCCUGCGACGGAGCUUGAGUUCCUACUGUGGAGGUGAAGCCCCAAUGUCUCCAAGGGUCACCAGAUCUUCAACCAGCUCGACAUUAACAAAUGUGCAACAGGAUUUCCCCAAGAGCAGCAAAGACGAUGGUCACAUGGAGAAGAGUGAAAGGCAUGCUUUUGAAGAACCAAUUAGUUUACCACCAACGGCCACCAAUGUCCGAAGAAGCAGAGCCUCAGGUGGACAUAUUAGACACAUGCCUUUGUCUCGUUCCAAACUCCGGGAGCUGAGAGCUCUGAGCAUGCCAGAUCUUGAUAAGCUCUGCAGUGAGGACUUCUCCAUGGAGUCUCAACCUUCGUCCAUCAAAACCGAGUUGCAUCUUCCGCCUGUUGUGAGAUCCCUCGAUGCUCCCAUUGAAAACAUUUCUAAGUUGAAUGAAUGCUCGGGAUUAUCCAGUCCUGGGAUGACAAGCAGGCAACCUUCCAAAGAAACCAGUCCUUGGAAUAGUGGCUCAGGAACUCCUGGUUCAACAUCUGAUGAGGAAGGGCUACAGUAUGAUGGUGGUCUGAAUAAAGGGAAGAGCUGGUCUAUCAGCUUGGAUGAACUAUUGGUUUCCUCUCUGGAUCAGCAGAAAUUGCAGUCCGUUUUGUCUUCAGUGACAGCGAAAAGCGAUAUUUCUUCUUUACUUCAGGAAAUCAAAGCACAAGCAGAGAGCAAAGAAGAUAUUUACUUUGUAGUCUUGAAUAAAGAGGAAGGUUCUGGCCUGGGAUUUAGCGUCGCAGGAGGAAUAGACCUGGAACAAAAAUCCAUCAUCGUCCAUCGGGUGUUUUCCAAAGGGGUGGCUUCCCAGGAGGGAAAAAUUCACCGUGGUGACCUCAUUCUUUCUAUCAAUGGCACUUGUUUGGCGGGUUCUGUCCAUGGAGAUGUCCUCAACGCACUCCAUCAGGCCAGACUCCAUAAAUACGCCAUCGUGGUCAUCAAGAAGGAGAAAGACAGAGGAAGAAUGCCUCCUCGGAGCAAUGAAAUGCCUACUUCUGAUAGGCCAACUUUGGUGGCUGCAGCUACUGGAGGUGAAGCAGGUCCAGGCGGAGACCUGAAUGGGGCCAUUUGUGUUGAACUUUUGAAGACUUCUGCUGGCCUGGGUUUCAGCCUGGAUGGUGGGAAAGCUUCAAUAUCUGGAGACAGGCCGUUGCUCAUCAAAAGAAUUUUUAAAGGUGGUGCUGCUGAACAAGCUGGAAAACUGGAAGCGGGUGAUGAAAUUCUUGCCAUCGGAGGAAAAUCCUUGCUCGGACUCAUGCACUACGAUGCGUGGAACAUCAUCAAGUCCGUCCCAGAGGGGCCCAUCCACCUGCUGAUCAGGAAGCAUCGGCCGCCGGAAUGAUGGAACCUGACCCCUGAAUUCCCGCUUCCCUUUUGAGCACAAUCUUUACCAGUUUUGUUUGCCAGGAGCCGGAAUGGUGGCAUCUGGGAUGUUUUUCUCCUAGGUCAGAAUGGUUUAAUCAGCUGAGAAACACCGAGAUACGUUGGCAAGACUGGUGUCGAGCGUCAAUAUGGUCAGGCAGCUACCCCACGUUUGGGCCUCCUUAGAGGUCCUAUGAGCACAGUUUGGUUCUCUGAAUUGCAAUUGACUUGUUCACGGAGAAAAGAUAAACAAACCAGAACGUAGCAGGAACUCAAGUCAUCACAGCAGUGGCUGCUGGCUGCACUGACCCUCUUGAUAGCAGGUGCAACAGUUCAUAAAAGCUGAGAUAUCUUCAAGAGAUUCCCCUAAACCCUGGAGCUGAUCAAGCAAGGAACCGAUUUAAUGUGUUCUUGUUUUGCAGAUGGUGUCCGUCUUUCCACCCUCACGGAAGGUGCCAUAAUUUCUUCCUUCUUCCUGAAUUCUUACUCAAUCUUUGCCACAGACGCUCGGAAGCAAUGCUUUG